UCGAACCCACCAUCAGCCACUCGGACGGUGACGAAGCAAGGGCUUCCUUCCAAGGCAACGGAACAAACUAAUAAUAAGUGAUUAACACCCGAAUCAACUCAACCGAAAGAGUUGCAGUGUGUAGAGAAUAAUAAAGAUGCACCGCAGUGACAAGCUUCUUCUCCAGGCGGUUCUCGACCUUCUCGCAUCCGCCGGCUGUACCUCUGCCAAUUCUCCGGCCUCAGAAUCUGAUAAGCUCGUCGAUGGCCUCGCCUGGUGUAUCAUAGCGACCAAAUCCUUACACCCCGAAUUCCGAAUCCUCUCCCACCAAGACUUUGCUCUUCAACGCAAAAUUAAGUCCACACAAGUUAUUGAAGCGGCAAUCAAGUCAAUGGGAUGUCCUUACCCUCUCCGUGCUCAUCAAAUUCGAGGCCUUGACUAUAAAGUUCUCCUUCCUGUUGUUCAGUGGAUCGUCAGUCGUGUCCUUGAAAUGCCAUCCAAGUCCGCAGAAGAGGUUACUAUUGUAAAUAACAUUGAAGAGGAGGAGUACAUAAUUCGACAACUUGAAAAGGAGUUGAGUCUUGCAGACAAUUCAGUCAAGAUUUUGCAAGCCAAUUUAAAGGAACAGAAUCAGAGGAAGGCUAAUGUCCUGAAUGAGAUUCAACAUCUAAGGGAGAAAAUUGAUAAGGAGGGAGCUAGCAAUACAGUUCAGACUUUGACACCAUUGUUGGAAUUAUCUAAGGAUUUACAGAGGCAAGAACAGGAUUUAAGGUCCUAUUCUGAUACAAAAUGCUCUGACUUGCAAGCUGAGGUUGGUGAACUGGAGGAAAAGAUUUCAAGUAGCAAUCAAGGAAAAAAUUUGUCCGAUGAUUUUGACCGUUCUUUACGUGACUCAUUGGAGAGGCUGAAUUCAGCAAAGUGUGAACUUGCGGCUCAACUAAGGGCUAAUCUGCUGCUAAAGAGGAGGAUUGAAGAUGUACCAUCCCAAGCAGAGCUAAUCCAGUAUGAACACAGAUUUUCAGAACUAUAUGUUCAAAUACAGGAUAAGCUUCGACAAACUCGUAAAUUCUAUGCCACUUAUAAUGCUCUUCUGGAGAUAAAGGAACUAAUGCUGAAGGAGACAUCCUUAUUAAAUUCAAUGAGCUCUCAGUUUCAAGAUGCGAUAACUAGUGCAGCUGGUCGCAUGAAGCUUAUCGAUUCCAUGGAGGGAAUUGUGAAGGGUACAAAACAGAAGCUCGAAAAAGUGCAACUUGGAUUUGCUGGGGAGCAGAAGAUUUGUGAUGGCAUCAAGGAUAAGUAUUUUGGAGCAAUAGCAGAACAAAGGCGCUGCUCUUUCCUUCUAAAAUCUUUCCAGGAAGAAUGUGCAAAGAAUGAGAAGCUUCGGAAUCAAAUUUCCAAUUAAAGGUUGCUCUCAUCUAUUUACAGCAGCAGUUGGCAGUAAUCUAUUCUGGCCCUGAUACGCUAUAUGUACAAAUUGCUCAAGCUAUGUCUCAGUGGAUACAGCUCUUUAUCUAAAUACAAAGUAAAUGCCUUUUUCAAAAGUUAAUGUGCGUCUCCGUCGGGGAAGGAAAGAAUCUUACGACUAGCAUUGACUAUUUGUGCUUGAAUUUUCUUUCUAUUUACUGUAGUGUGUGUGUUCUUUUCUUGGAGGUGAACCUCCUUGGCUCAGGGCCAUAGAAGGUGGAGUGUUAUUUGGUUUCCUUAAUUGUAGCCAACUAAUUAGCAAAGAUGAGUUUUAAGUUAUGAACAUUAUAAUGGCAGGGGUAUUAAGGCUGGAAGGCGAGUGUCAAUAAACACAUGGGCACAGAGAGGCAAUGACAUUCCACUCACAGAGCAGUGCCAAGCAUCGAAUAGACUCAAAUUUGUAUGUUACAAUAAGGCCGAAACCUCCUCAUUGAAAUUCAAGAAGCAUGUCCUGUCACAAUGACAAACAAUGGCCCUCUUGCUAUCUUGUUUGUAAACUAAUUAUCAUUUUAUUUUGAAAUUAUUUGAGGUUUUCCUUCUUCCA